AUAAUUAUUAUAUUAUAUUUUAUUAUUUCAAAAACUCCCUGUUUUUCUUGGUUUCUCCUUCGAGAUAUCCUCUUCCAUCGCUUCUCCAGAAUCCAAAUCCAUCUCCCUCUCUCUAAAAACAAUCUCGCUCCUUGUUCGUGCUCUUGCAUUAGCGAUCCAUAACCCUUUCCCCUUCAUUUUAGAUCUCCGCUGCCUCUGGUGUUUAACUCUUUGAGCAUCCAUGCUGAGCCCUAUUUUCUGACGAAGGAGCAUGGUUAGCUAGUAAAUUACAAUAAAUGGCUUGAAAUCCGAACUUGAGAAUGCUUCGCUAGUAAAGGCUUUAGUGGAGGAGAGAUUGGUUAAUCUUAGAUGAUACAAGCUGAUCGCAGCUUGUAGAAGCUGCCCUUAAGCAUGUUGAUGAUAAUUUGGCUGAUAUUUAAUCACCCCUACCAUGACAUCUGUCUUCCUGUCCAUGUUGUAUAUAACAAGUUACAGUUUAGCAGUAAACCUUGCAUUCACGCUAGUAACCAAUACUAUGUUGAAAGUGUAGAGGCCUCUACCGGGAGGUUCUUGGAAGUCCUUUGACAAAUUUUUGAUUGUCAUCUGCUACAAUUCUAACAAUGGAAAGGUAUGAAAUUUUGAAAGAGAUUGGUGAUGGUACUUGUGGUUGUGUAUUUAAGGCCGUCAAUAUUGAAACAUGUGAAAUUGUUGCUGUGAAGAAAAUGAAGAGAAAGUUCUAUUUCUGGGAAGACUGCAUGAAUUUACGAGAAGUAAAGGCCCUCCAUAAAUUGAAUCAUCCCAAUAUUGUAAAGUUGAAAGAAGUUGUCAGGGAAAACAAUGAAUUAUUUUUCAUUUUUGAAUACAUGGAAUGCAAUCUGUACCAAUUAAUGAGAGAGAAGCAGAGAUCGUUUUCAGAGGAAGAGAUACGGAACUUUAUGUCUCAGGUGCUUCAAGGACUUGCUCACAUGCAUAGAAACGGAUAUUUUCAUCGGGAUUUGAAACCUGAGAAUGUGCUUGUGACAAAGGAUGUUCUUAAAAUUGCCGACUUUGGACUGGCUAGAGAAGUUUCGUCAGCACCCCCUUACACUGAAUAUGUUUCCACACGGUGGUACCGAGCUCCAGAGGUUUUGUUGCAGUCCUCAACAUAUACUCCUGCAAUUGAUAUGUGGGCAGUUGGUGCAAUAAUAGCUGAGCUUUUCACUCUGUCCCCAAUUUUCCCUGGUGAAAGUGAAAUAGAUCAGUUGUACAAGAUAUGCUGUGUUCUUGGUACCCCAGAGUUGACUGCAUUCCCUAAAGCUACAAAUGUCUCUCAACUGAUGAACCUUAGUUGUGCAGAGAUGUUACCUGCCAACCUAUCUGAUAUCAUUCCCAAUGCUAGCUUGGAAGCUAUUGAUUUGAUUAUGCAAUUGUGCUCGUGGGAUCCAUUAAAGAGGCCAACUGCUGAUCAGUCACUGCAACAUCCAUUUUUCCAUGUGGGUAUGUGGGUUCCUUAUCCACUUCGAGAUCCUCUUGAGCUGAAGCUAAAUAACAAGGGACCAAAGCCAAAUCUUGAGUUAAAUCUAUGGGAUUUUGGUGCUGAACCUGAUGACUGUUUUCUUGGAUUGACACUCGCUGUAAAGCCCAGUGUUUCAAACUUGGGAGACUUAUUUCAUGCAGAGGCAGUCCGGAAUGUUCCUCAAGGCAUGCGGGAGGAUUUUGUGUUUUGCUCUGAUUUAAAAGGUCGCCAAGAACAGUCAGUUUUUUGGUCGCUACUAUCUCCUGAUCAAAAUGGAAUCCACCCUCCAGUUGAAUCAUCGCUAUCAUUAUCAUUUAGUUCGAUUCAGCAUCCAUCGGUUGGAGUUCCACAAUCAUCUGGGUUCACAAUUACAUCACUACAGCCUAACUUCUUAGAUUGUCCAUUAUUGGCCAUGUCCUCCCCACUUCAACAAGGUCAUUACCUGUGACUGACUUGAUUGGUUGGAUCAAAUAAGAAAGGCGUACAAAUAACUGGUAAUUUAUUUUAUUUGAUUUUGUAAAGUUUAUUUAGCACUGCAUAGGUUUCAUUCUUGCUCGAUGCAAAGCAACUGCAGCAUUUCAUUGGCAGAAAAUACAGGCCCUGGGAAAAUCAAAUCUCCCCGGACCAAAAUUGACUCAUAGUUCACUUUAAUGUACAUUUACACAAUGGGGCAGACAAUUGAAAAUUUUAAUAUUUAAGUAUUUGGCCCUUCCAAAAA